UCAACCGGCCAACAGGGCGGAUCGGUCAUCGACACAAUCCUCAAAGGCCGCGAACUUUCCAGCCAAUACCGCAUCCGCACCCUCACUCGAGAUUCAUCAAAGCCAGCUGCCAAACGUUUGGCCGAGAAGGGCAUCGAAGUCAUCCAGGGCGAUCUAGAUGACGUAACAAGUCUCGAGGCCCUGUUCAAAGAUGCUCAUACUGUAUUCGCAUUGACCGAGACCGUCCAUGACGACCAAAUGAAGACUCGCGAUUACAGCCGCGGCAAGGCGCUGGUCGAUGCUGCCAUCGCGGCCAAUGUCCAGUUCUACAUCUACAGUACCCUGCCGCACAUCGCAAAGAAUUCCCACGGCAAGUACAAGCACGGCGACCAUUUCGACGUUAAAUCCGAAGUGGAGGAUUGCAUUCGUGCGCAGCCCAUCAAGAGUGCAUUUGUUGCGCCGGGUUCGUUCAUGCAGAUCUUC